AUGGCAAGGCGUGUAAAUUUCCAGCGCUUGGCUGAAAUGCGGCCCACAAUGACCCGUUUCUCCACCGUUGCGCUGAUUGUGUCCAAAUCCUCGCCGAACAUAUUCUACGACAAGAUGAGUGGCACCGAACGGGGAGUCCUCACCUUGACAAUCCGAGAUUCCCCCAAUCACCUGACCAAUUGCAAGUGUUGGGGUCAGCGGGCCUGUGUGGAUGAGUACAUGGCCAUGCUGCAGAUCGGCCAGGUGGUAGACAUUGUGGGCGCCAAAGUGAUGUCCAUACCGGUGGCGCCUGCGGGAGAUCAGCGUUACCAGCCCCAAGCGACGGUCUCCUGCGCCCUGGUGGUAAACGAAGGAUCUGGGUAUGUUGUACGCCACGACAACGACGACUCUGGCCACAUAACAAUCCUCCAACAGUUGCUCCAGCGACCCAUUAGGCCACUUGGAGCGGUACUUAAGUUGGCGGAUGUCCGUUCCGGCCUCGGAUCCCCCGAUAAAAUAAUCACCACCAAUGUGAAUCUACUAGUGGUCGUGGCUGCAGUGCGUCCAGUGCGUCAGAUUAAGCGAAAGCUGCAGGCACCACACAGUGAGGUCCAAGAGCUGCUGCACUGUUUGGAGGUAAUAGUGAUCGAUGCCAGCUAUCCUGAGGGCAUGUUGCUCUCCGUUUGGCAAUCCGACUGGAUACGACGUGCCCAGCAAUGGCAGCCACUUCGCACUGUCCUUCAUUUGAUCGAUGUGCGUGUUUCCUACUCGAAUUUUCAUCGUUGUGUCGUGCUCUCCCAUACAAAUUGCACGCUCAUUUGCGAAAAUCCUCAGGCGGCUGGAGAGGAUUGCCGCCUUUUGCUAGCUUUCGCCGACACUGUGCCUUUAACAAGUUUUAGUGGCUGCCCCCAGUCAGAGCUGGACAACUUGCCUGCAGUUGCCAGCAUUCAGGCGCAGAUGACGGUUAGACAGAUAUAUUCCCGCGCCGAGGGCGAACUGCAGGAUCCGUCCAUACAGCAGUUUACAGCAGUGCUGUAUGGAAUGGUCACCAAGUUCGACUUGGAUGGAUUGACUUCCCACAUCAACAGGAAAUGCACUGCCUGUCAACGGCUUAUACCACGAAAUCUGGAAGAUUGCGCCUCGGACGCCUGUCAGUUGGACUUUUCACACGCCAAUGAUGAGCCAAGAUAUAUCAGCUACUUCAAUAUCAACAUUCAUUUGUCCGACCAGACGGGCACUCUCGUCGAAGCCCGGUUAGCUGGACAUCCGGCAGAACGGAUCCUAGGUCUUCGGGCGGAAGACUUCGAUCGACUGGCGGAGCACGAGAAAAGCGCGCUAAAGUGGCGCUUUUUGCUGAACUACUUCGAGGUAAGAUUGAUGAUCAAAAAGCCUGUGGGUGUGCGCAAUAAUCUCAUCGUUGUGGUUGUCGACAUGCAAGCCAUUACCCUGGAAAAGCUUGUCGCAAAGGUGGCCGUGUUCUAA